AUGCCUCCCGCUACAGCGCUCCGGUCGGGCUCAAACAUGCCUAGUCAGCCCAACAAUGACGAUAUCAACCAUACGUGGACGUACCUGCAGUCGGGUAUCAACAGCAUCAUGAUGAACCUGCAAGAUGGCAUGAACAUGGAGAAUGUACGCUUCCCCUCUUCCCUCUUUAUACCUGUCGUCAUGCAUGCUAAUCAGAGAGUAAUACAGUACAUGGGCGUUUACACGGCUGUGCACAACUUCUGUACUUCGCAAAAAGCUGUUGGGUUCACUGCACCCACAACUGCCGGUGUCCAAGCCCAUAGAGGCGCCCAUCUUCUUGGCGAAGAUCUCUACAAGAAGCUCACGGCCUACCUGGAUGAACAUCUCAAGGAUCUGCUCCAGAAAGCCGAGCUCCACAGCGGAGAGGCGUUGCUCGCCUUUUACAUCCGAGAAUGGGAUCGAUAUACUGUCGCUGCCAAGUUCAUCCACCACCUCUUCCGCUACCUGAACCGGCAUUGGGUUAAACGUGAGAUGGACGAGGGCAAAAAGAAUGUCUACGACGUCUACACACUGCAUCUGGUCCAGUGGCGCAACGUCCUGUUUGAUGCGAUCUCGACCAAAGUCAUGGAUGCCGUCCUCAAGCUUGUCGAAAAGCAGCGGAACGGCGAGACCAUUGAGUAUCUUCAGAUCAAGCAAAUCCUUGACUCGAUGGUUUCUCUUGGCCUCGAUGAGCACGACCCAUCCAAGACUACGCUCGAUACUUAUCGCUGGCACUUUGAGCGCCCAUUCCUGGCUGCGACCAGGGAGUACUACCAAGCCGAGAGCCGUGCAUUUGUGGCCGAGAACAGCGUUGUCGAGUACAUGAAAAAGGCCGAGAUGCGCCUGGCAGAGGAGGAAGAGCGAGUUCAGAUGUACUUGCAUCCUGACAUUGCCAUCGGUCUGAAGCGCUGCUGCAACCAGGUCCUCAUUGCCGAUCACUCGGCUCUGCUGAGAGACGAGUUUCAGGUCUUGCUCGAUAACGACCGCGAGGAGGAUAUGGCACGCAUGUAUAACCUGCUGCAGCGGAUUCCCGACGGACUAGACCCGCUCCGUGUCAAGUUCGAGGCCCAUGUCCGCAAUGCCGGCCUGACUGCCGUUGCCAAGGUUGCUGCAGAUGCAGAGAAGCUGGAGCCCAAAGUCUAUGUCGACGCGCUACUUGAGAUCCACACUCAGUACCAAGGUCUUGUCAAGCGGGCCUUCAAUGAUGAGCCCGAGUUCACGAGGUCGCUCGAUAAUGCCUGCCGGGAAUUCGUGAACCGAAACGAAGUAUGUAAGGCUGGCUCGAAUAAGUCUCCUGAGCUCCUGGCCAAGUACACCGAUGUCCUCUUGAAAAAGAGCGGCACCGGCGUCGAGGAGCAAGAAUUGGAGGCCACCUUGACGCAGAUCAUGACUGUCUUCAAGUACAUCGAAGACAAGGAUGUCUUCCAGAAGUUCUACUCUCGCAUGCUUGCCCGCCGCCUCGUACACACUAGCACGUCAUCCGAUGAUGCUGAGACUAGCAUGAUCAGCAAGCUCAAGGAGGCUUGUGGGUUCGAGUACACCAACAAGCUCCAGCGCAUGUUCCAGGACAUGCAGAUUUCGAAAGACUUGAACGACGGGUUCAAGGACCACCUCAAGCAGAGCCUUGAAGACUCGCACACCCUGGACUCCCAAUACUCGGUUCUGGGCACCGGCUUCUGGCCCCUGUCCGCGCCAACGACCACAUUCAACCCACCGCCAGAGAUCCAUGCCGACUGCGAGCGGUUUACACGGUAUUACAAGAACAAGCACGAGGGGCGCAAGCUGACAUGGCUGUGGCAACUCUGCAAGGGCGAGGUCAAGACGAGCUACACUCGGAGCAGCAAGACGCCGUACACCUUCCAGGUCUCUGCUUAUCAAAUGGCCAUCCUCCUGCUCUUCAAUGACCAGGAUCAGCACACGUAUGAGGAUAUCGCCUCGGCCACGCAGCUUAAUAGCGAGUCGCUCGACCCGUCGCUAGGCAUCAUUAUCAAGGCCAAGGUUCUGACCAUGUCCCCCGAGGGCGAUAAGGUCGGUCCAGGCAAGACUUUCAAGCUCAACUAUGACUUCAAAAACAAGAAGAUCCGUGUGAACCUGAACGUGGGCAUGAAGUCUGAGCAGCGGCAAGAGGAGGCCGAGACGAACAAGACGAUUGAGGAGGAUCGCAAGCUCCUUCUCCAGUCGGCCAUUGUUCGAAUCAUGAAGGCCCGCAAGAAGAUGAAGCACAGCCAGCUGGUGAGCGAGACGAUCGCCCAGAUUAAGGGUCGCUUCUUGCCCAAGGUGUCGGACAUCAAGAAGUGCAUCGAGAUAUUGCUUGACAAGGAGUACCUCGAGCGCCUCGACGAUGACGAACUCGGCUAUCUCGCUUAA